GAUGGAGUGUGUGCUCCUCACAGGAGAUAUUGGAUGCACUGGUGAGCAACGUCAACAUCGAGCUCCUCAAUGCUCUCCACUAUCACAUGAUCAACCGCAGACUCACCUCUGAGGAGCUCAAACAUGGAUCCUCCUUCUCCUCCAUGUACCAAGACUUCCACGUGCACCUGCAGCACUACUCCAACGGGAUCGUGACGGUGAACUGCGCCCGGCUGAUCAAAGCCGACCAGCACGCCACCAACGGGAUCGUGCACGUGGUGGACCGUGUGAUCACUGCCAUCUCCAACAACGUGCACGUUCUCAUCGACGUGGACGAGGACCUGGAAACCCUGCGUACGGCCAUUGCGGCCGCCGGUCUCACCAGCAUUCUGGAGAGCGAGGGUCAGUACACCAUCUUUGCUCCUACCAAUGAGGCCUUCCAGAAAAUUCCUCCAGAAACCUUAAACAGGAUCUUGGGGGACCCCGUGUCUCUUCGAGACCUGCUCAACUACCACAUCCUGAAGAACAUGCGCUGUGCAGAGUCCAUCGUGUCUGGGACGCCCAUGGAGACGCUGCAGGGCACGGUUCUGGAAGUGGGAUGUGACGGACAGGAGAUCACUCUGAACGGGAAGGCCGUCAUCACCAAGAAGGACCAGCUGGGAACCAACGGGGUCAUCCAUUACAUCAACCAACUGCUCAUCCCGGACUCAGCAAAAACUCUGCUGGAGCUAACGGAAAGCUCCAAUGUUGCUACGGCGACCAGAAUGUUUGUGGAGGCGGGUCUGAGCCCACAACUGAAGGGCUCCCAACCUCUGACCGUGCUGGCACCUGUGGACCACGCCUUCACAGCAGGUGUGAGCAGCCCGGGCGACAUGAGCAAGGUGAUGAGCAACCACGUGGUGAAGGGUCAGCUGUCCUCCAAGUCCUUGUACCACAACCAGGAGCUGCAGACACUGGGAGAUGUGACACUUCGAGUCUUUGUCUACAGAAAUAACUUGUGCAUCGAGAACGCCUGCCUCGCUGCCCACGACAAGACCGGGCGCUACGGGACCAUGUUGACCGUGGACAAAGUGGUGACUCCGCCCAUGGGGACCGUCAUGGACGUCUUGAAGGCGGACGACCGCUUCAGCCUUCUGGUGGGAGCCAUCCAGACGGCCGGAAUGACGGAGAUGCUCAACCAGCCCGGAGCGUUGACCUUCUUCGCCCCAACCAACCACGCAUUCAACGCCCUGCCGCAGACAGAAGUCAGCCAGAUGAUGCGAAACGGCGAGCAGCUGGCGGCCACCCUCAGAUACCAUCUUGGCGACGGGAUGCUGGUCAGCGGCGGGGUGGGGUCUCACACCCGAGUCAAACCUCUGCAGGGUGACAGGUUGGAGUUGGGCGUGAAAAACUACACGGUCUUUGUCAACCGAGUGGCGGUGGCACACGCUGACCUGAUGGCCACCAACGGCGUGGUUCACGGCAUGGACAGCAUGGUCAAGCCACUGCCUCCCAAGGUGGACCCAGAACAAGCUGACGGGCCGGCCAGGCAAUCGGACGUGGGAAGCUUCAGGAACGACGCCCUUUUCCUCAAGGUCGUGCAGAGUGGCUCCAGCAGGACCAUGAGCAGCAGGCCAGAUGUUUGACUUUUCCUCAAGUGGCUCCAGCAGCAGGCCAGAUGUUUAACUGUUGCUUGGCGUCAACGCUCAUGUCCUGCUUUACUUUUCCUGCAAUCGCCUGCUUGCUUUCUUGGCAGACAAUUUGCCAGUGAGCACAGACACCUGCUGAAAGAAUCAAACCUGAGUUAUGAAGGCCAACUAAAGCGCUUGAGGACUUAAACGAAGAAGAAGGUUGAAUAUAAGCACAUUCUUUACUUGUAGCAAUGUUGCUAACUACUCACCAACAUGCUGCAGCAUCCGCUUUGCUACUUCUCUUAUUUUGUCAACUCCAAGAGAAACCUUUCUUGUGUUGAUGAAAAACAAUCUGGGACAUGUCAGAAAAAAACACAUUUCUUGUCUUUUCUUCUUGUGGAUGUCAGGUUAGCCCUCAAAAUGUUUUUUUUCUGGUUGUCAAAAUAAAGCCGGAGUGAAUAAAAGUGAGUUUGGUGUAAAUAAAA